UUCUUCUUUAUGUGUGGAGGAUUCCACCUGCUCCAACACGUUGAAAAAAGAGACUCGGCAUUCGCUUUGAUGAAUGAUCAGAACGUUGAAAUCGCAAUCGAUGUUCAGUGAGACGACGUCUUGUUCUGUCCUGUGAGCUUCGUUUUGGAUUCCCUGCCAAGUUAGAACAUGCAGUAUAAGAUUAACAACGUGAAGUUCAUUUUUCAAGUCGAUAUGUUUUGUCAGUGCCUGCCUGCAAGCGAUUUUUGAAGGGAGACGUCAAGUCUUGCUUCUGCUUUGCAGUUCAUAAAGUAAAGUUACUUUAUCCCUAAAGAAAUUCUACUUUCAUGGCUUCCCUUCCUCAAAAAACCAGGAAAAGGAAAAAAAAAAAAAAAGAAUUGGAAUCAAUCUCAUGCAGCUCAAUAGACCAGCUUGCUUGUCUGAUCACUGCUACUUCAGACUUCACCCUCCUUUCAGAAGCUUAGAGUACUAAGCAGGGAAAGAGAUGCACCUCGCAAUCUGACAAACACAUGAUGAAAUCUUAGAUUUCUCAUGUCCUUUGUUUUAGGUACCGAACAAAUUAUGUCUGUGAUCAUCAGGUCUCCGUCUAGUGUUUCUUAAUGACUAAUUAAUUAAUGCAGCAAUAUGGUAUUUGUUCCAUGAUCAUUCAGCCUGCUCUCGUUCAUGAUUUCGCGAUUGUUCUUUCUGCUCAGAAAUUAUUCAGAUAAGUAAAAUGCCUCCGAUUUGUUUAAUUGACCAAUGUGCCGACAGAGCACUAUGAACUUUGUCGUGUUCUUCUCGAUUUUUUCCCUUUGCUUUCUUUUUCUUCUAGACGAGUGGAAUGUUGCUCUCAGAAAAGUUAGUGUUUUUAGUUCUGUAAUUCCACAAAAUUUAAUGUCAAUAUAUACUGACUCAAAUAUUCACGUCAGUUCUGCCACCUUCCUUCCCUUCUUUCCCUUCUCUUCUCCGGCCAUACCAUUACUCUUUUACUUCGGGGUUCUUCGAGCAUUUCUCCUCCCUUAGAACAGAUAAUUAAUCAAACACAACCAACGACACUCGAUUCUUCUUGCACAUCCCUCUACGAGUAAACGAAAAGAAGCAAACAUGAAGAGGAGAGCGAUCAGCAUCACAGAGAAUUCUCUGAUCCCUUCUUCCUCUGCAGGAGAAGAGCAGGAAGCAGCAGGAUAUGGCAGAGAAUUAUUCAUCCAGGAAGAGGAGGAGGAGGAGGAAGAGGCCGGCGGACGAGGGACAGCGAAGAAGCGGCGAUUGAAUGCAGAGCAGGUGAGAAUUCUGGAGAAGCACUUCGAGGAGGAGAACAAACUGGAGCCGGAGAGCAAGGUGCGGCUGGCCGACGAGCUCGGCCUCCACCCACGCCAAGUCGCCGUCUGGUUCCAGAACCGCCGCGCCCGGUGGAAGACCAAGCAACUCGAGCGCAACUACGCCACCCUCAAGGCUUCCCACGAUGCCCUCCGCUGCGAUUUCGACUCCCUACACCGCCACAACCAGUCGCUCCUCUCCCAUAUAAAGAAAUUGCAGGCGAAGCUCGGAAUGAAGGAAGAUCCCAUGGCUAGCUCCGAUACUUCGACGAAGAUCGCUGAGGAAUCGGCAGAGCCACCUCCGUCUGCGGCCGUCGGUAAGGCCGAGGGCGUGUCAGACAGCGACUCGAGCGCCGUCGUGUCCGACGCCACUGCGGCCAACGAAUUCGUCGAAAGUAUGACUCAGCUGACCUAUGCCCCCGACACAUUUUCCUUCGAGUUGGCCGCCGGCGAACUUUCUUGUCCCGAUUCAGUGAACCUCGUGGAUUCGAGGACCGAAUUCCUAUACCAAAGCCCUGGAGCGACGUUAAAGAUGGAGGAGGAGGGCAAGGACGAGGAGGAGUUCAUCGGUGCGUCUUGCUUCGACUUCUUCGCCGACGAGAAAGCUGCGGCGAUGCUGAGCUGGUACUACUCCGGCGAGCGAUGGAACUAAUCGAGAAGAGCACCGAAGGAUUCGAAAAUAAUAUCAGGACAAUUGGAGGGGUUAUCCGCAACAAUUUUGUUUUGUGAAUUUAUAUUUAAGUAUUCCUCCAAAUAGUAGAAUAGUAGUUCAUGUACAAAGAAAAUAUUAAAUUAACACAGGUUUGGUCCA